AUGCCGGAAGGACAAAAACACAUCUCGGUCAUUGGUCAUGUUAAUGAGAGUAGUUCUGAUCUUCCAGUCUGCCAAAGCAGCUUGACUUUCGUCAUGGAGACGAGUGAAGCUGGUUUUGGAAACACUCUUCUUGCCCUCUGGCUGAGUUACGGCAUGGCUAAGAAGGAAGGUCGCACUUUCUUUAUCGAUGAUUCAAAUUGUGCCCGCCAUUUGGUUGUGUCUGCAGCUACUUUGCCUUGGACUUUUGGAAGUGCAUUCAAAGCCGAGUAUGAGCAUUCACUCAAGCACGGAUUCAGGAAGAACCGCGCCAUCUACAAUAUGGUCCGCCAAGGCUACCAAGACCUGUUUGAUCUGCACGGAGAUGAUGGAUCUUUCUUGUCGCACAAGCUGACGGUGAUGCGCGCCGCUGCUUCCGCCUCUCAAACGCCGCUUAUUGGUAUGCACCUUCGUAGGGGGGACCUACAUCCUUUUGAGCUCGAGUACAGUCAUGACUACCUCCCAUUUGAGCGCUACACGUCUGCAGCUAGCGAGUUGUUUGCUUCUUUCUCACCGAACAAGUCGUCCAUGGAGCCCACUGCUCUGCUUCUUGCCUCAGAUGAUCCAGAUAUUCUGUCGUCGCACGAUCUCAUCAACACUCUCCCUUCCCAUCUCACCGUUUCACGCCCCCAAGAACGUAUUGUCCUCGCGAGUAAGAAGACACUGGAACCUGCAGUGCCAAUUCGCAAACCCGGCUCCGCUUAUGUCAAACACGUCGACGAAAAUUCUGGCUGGGAAGGAGGGUUCUAUGCUUCUCUGUUCUUCUCUCUCGGCAAAGGUCAUCCUUCGGCAUUCAAGCAAGGAAUGGAUGACGAGAUGCAGAGGGCUGUUCUGAAAUUGAGGGAGUUUGUUGGACGUGCCUAUCUGCUGGAUUUGGCAGUGUUAGGGCACGCAGAUGCCGCCGUUUGCGCCAGCUCUAGUGCGGCCUGUCGCAUCAUUGGCGUCAUGAUGGGUGCUGACAAGAUCUCGAAGGGACAGUGGAAGAAUGUAGAUGACAAUCGCGCAUGGAGCUGGGACGGAAAGGUUUGA